AUGUUCAACUUUCGGUCGAUGAAGAAGGAGGCGACUGGGCCCUCUCAAGAGGAUGCUCGCUUCGCUUCUUCCUCUAGCCACGAUGAAGCUGCACCUUCAUUGUCACAGCCGAUCGACGGCGCAGAGAGCGCCUCUGGCUCGACACUGCCGCAGCCAGGCAGAGGUGCAAUAUCAAAUCCAGCCAAUGGAAGCGAUGCCGGCUCCGGAUCGUUCCUAUCCAAUAUGAUCGCCGACAAUCCCAUCUUCUCCGGCGGUCUUGGUCUCAUGGUGUUCGGAGGAGCCAUCGCAGCUUUACGCAGAGGGGUCAAAGUAGCAGCGUCAACAGCACAACGAAGGCUGUUGAUAUCGCUUGAAAUUCCAUCAAAGGACCGAGCGCAUCCAUGGUUCCUGCACUGGAUGGCAGCACAGGCAAGAGCCCAGUCGAUGCGGCAAAGAGGAUUGCUAGGCAAGCAGAAGAAAGAGGGCCUCGUCGAUUUUCUCGGGUUACGAGACCGCUCGGGUGAGCAGCGAAACUUGCCUGCGAAGGAAGAGAAAGCAGAUGAUCCCCUCGUUAUUGCAUCCAGCGGCUCUUCGGUCUCACCAGUCCGCAUUCUCAGCCACGAGCUUUCGGUAGAGACAAACUAUACCCCUCACGCAUCUGCCUCCACACCGAAUGCUCAAGCGGCAGAAAGAGGUUCAGCGCGGUUCUCGCUCGUCCCUGGUCCAGGAACACAUUGGUUCCGGUAUGGCGGUGUAUGGAUGCGUCUGACACGAGAACGAGAUGGAAAGAUGGUCGAUCUCUCCACCGGAGCACCGUGGGAGACGGUUACUCUCACGACACUUUUCGCCUACGCUCAUCUCUUCCCACAACUACUCGAUGAAGCACGGCAGCUGGCACUCGCAUCGACUGAAGGCAAGACAGUGAUAUACACCAGCUGGGGUCCGGAGUGGCGACCAUUCGGACAGCCGCGCAGAACUCGAGAACUGGGAAGUGUAGUCCUCGGUAAAGGCAAAAAAGAGGCCAUCGUUGGCGACGUCAAGCGGUUCCUCUCUCGUGAUCGAUGGUAUGCUGAACGAGGUAUUCCCUAUCGACGAGGUUAUUUGCUACAUGGUGCGCCAGGAAGUGGCAAGUCUUCUUUCAUCACUGCACUAGCCGGACAUCUCGAUUUCAACAUCUGCCUUCUCAACCUCUCAGAACGUGGAUUGACAGAUGACAAGCUCAACCAUCUCCUCUCCAACGCACCCGAUCGAUCUAUUUUGCUGCUGGAAGACGUCGAUGCAGCAUUCCUCGGUCGACAACAGACUGCAGAGGAAGGAUAUCAAGCCUCGGUCACCUUCUCUGGCUUACUCAACGCACUGGAUGGUGUAGCAAGUGGCGAAAGCAGGAUUAUCUUCAUGACCACGAACCAUAUCGAGAAGCUAGACCGGGCGCUAAUUCGACCUGGAAGAGUGGAUAUGAUCGCUGAACUAGGAGAUGCAGAGAGAGAACAAGUGGAGGAGCUUAUGGUUCGAUUCUACCGUACGACGAUGCGGGAGGUGAAGAUCAAACAAGCCGAUAUUCCAACCAGCGCUGUGGAGGCGGCGAAACCGCUUCUUGCUGCAGCGGCGACCGGUGGGAUCGAUGCAGCGGCCACAGGGGAUGCGUAUAAGACGUUUGAAGCCGUUCCCGGUUUGAGAGAGGCUGUGGAGGAGGCGGAUCAGGAAGUUGAUAAGCUCGCCGAAGAUUUCGGAAGGAGGGUGGAGGAGGAAGCUGUGGCCAGGAGGGCUGCGUUGGGUCUUGGACCUGAUGGAAGACAGCCUGACUACGAGAAAAGGGAGAUGGAAGGAAGUGCGUCUGGUGCGCCAAGUACGACGCAGAGGGUCAUUCGUCCAGCACCAGCCGCUUUGGGAGGUGUCAGCAUGGCUGAGUUGCAGGGUCUCUUUAUUCGGUUCCCCGAUGAUCCAAGGGCUGCUGUCGAGGCUUUUGUUGCUGAGAAUGCUUCACGAAGACAAGCCGCUAGUGCCUAA